AUGGCCGUGAGCGACGAGUGCAAGCUCAAGUUCCAGGAGCUCAAGUCGAAGCGGAGCUUCCGGUUCAUCACGUUCAAGAUCAACGAGCAGACGCAGCAGGUGGUGGUGGACAGGCUGGGGCAGCCCGGCGACACGUACGACGACUUCACCGGCUCCAUGCCCGACAGCGAGUGCCGCUACGCCGUCUUCGACUUCGACUUCACCACCGACGAGAACUGCCAGAAGAGCAAGAUCUUCUUCAUCUCCUGGUCCCCGGACACGUCGAGGGUGAGGAGCAAGAUGCUGUACGCGAGCUCCAAGGACCGGUUCAAGAGGGAGCUGGACGGCAUCCAGCUGGAGCUGCAGGCCACCGACCCCAGCGAGAUGAGCAUGGACAUCGUCAAGGCGCGAGCUCUCUGA